CGGCAGUAUCGUCAGCUAGUGUCGAUGGGUGUUGGUCGUCUUUAGCGAGUUAACGAUGGCAGAAAACACAUACAAGUAGGAGCCUGGAGCUUGCUUUCUCUACCAAGCUGCCGUGUCAGACGCUCUUCUGGCCCAACUGCCACGUAACAUAGCAACACGCAAUCCAUCAUGGCAGAUGACGAUUUCACCAGUGGGGACUCUGGAGCCUCUGCAACAUACCCUGUGCAGUGCUCCUCAUUGAGGAAGAAUGGCUUUGUCAUGCUGAAAGGACAUCCCUGUAAGAUAGUUGACAUGACUACCUCUAAGACUGGCAAGCAUGGACAUGCCAAGGUUCACCUUACUGGACUUGACAUCUUUACUCAGAAGAAGUAUGAAGAUAUCUGCCCAUCUACCCAUAACAUGGAUGUUCCUAAUGUAACAAGGAAAGAUUACCAGGUAGUUGAUCUCGCAGAGGGCUACUUGACUCUGAUGGAUGAUGGUGGGGAGACCAGAGAGGACCUUAAGGUGCCAGAAGGUGACCUGGGCAAAGAUAUCGAGAAGAGAGUCGCUAGUGGAGAAAACUUUAUGGUCUCUGUUAUGAAAGCUAUAGAUGACGAGCAUGUGGUUGGCAUUAAAAACAUGACUUCUUAAGUCCACAACAACGCUGGAGACCUUCCCCUUCUAUCCUCCAUUAUGGUUUUCAAGCCACACCAAAGCUAUUGGCCUUCACCCCACAUCUCCACCAGUUCUCUGCUGUCAGCUGAAAUCCGGAAACUGGACUUGGGUCAGCUUCAACUGUACCUCAGGCUCAGGCUUGACUGGCAUUCUCUUCAGCCAAUGAAGUUAUCAACCUGUAGCGGUUGCAGCGUAACUUUGCAAUGGGUACUGAUAUAAUUCCAGGAGUUCCCAACAUUAUUUUAGCAAUCCAUAACAUUCCUGUUAGAGUAUGGGUGAUUUAUUUCUUCUCGUGUUUGCAUUGCUUUUGAAAUCAAUGUCUUUUUCCAAAAUUUUUUUUCUUUUUUGAAUGACAAGUUUUUCAGUCAACUGUAAACAGGGUUGUUUACGGCUGUAAAGUAAAGAUGCUUUACCUUACUUGCAUUUCCCCUAAAACGAUUUAAUCUUCACUGACAGAAGUUGCACCUCAAGGAAGCUCCAUCUCAACUUGGUACACAGUUCAGAGAACCCAAAGACAUGACAUCAUUAACAGCUGGAAUAUGCCUUUCCACCUUCAACAGUUAACUCAUAGACAUCUACAUGCACACAGUUGACAAUUGACUUGUAUACACAUGCCUUAGCAGGUAUGAACUUAUGUGAACAGCAACAUUUUAUUUAUUCUGCAGCCAAGCUGCAGAUCUAAUGGCAAGCUUUCUACUGCAUAUAGCCAGGCCUCAAGAUCGGCCUUUUCUAGCAGGGAACUCUGUUGUCUCAGCUGAUAUGAUGCUGAGCAGGCCUGGACAGAGAGGUCGUUGGGUGGGGCCAUUUUCUCUUCUAUGCUACAAAACUUUCCUUUCACUUGAGGCCUUUAUGAGCUGACAAAUGUAUAGAAAAUGAAAGAACAAAACACUGAACACCUUUUACUAUUAUAGUCUUAUGAUAAUUUUCUUUUAGUUUAAAUAAUUUGAACAGUUAAACUUUGUUCAAAAAAGAAUUUUUUGUUACCGGAAUGCUACAGAUACUCACUUGUUGGCAUGAAAUUGUGAAAAUGAGAAAGUAUUUUAGGAUCUUUAUGAUGUAGACAAUACUUAGUGGUAGUUGUCCAGAUCUUGUUGUGGUGGGACACAUUAGUGCCGAAGAACAGAAUACAUAAGCAGUUCCAUUGUUUUGGGUUUUAGGUGGGCAAAUGGUAGAAGGGUAGUUGGUAGAAACAACAUUUUGGGGUGGUUGGUCUGUUUGGAAUUUAAUGGGAAUCUUAAGGGUUUGUGCAAAGUCUGCACUGUAAAACAGAUAGUGGCUCACAUUGAUUUUUAGGAAAUUAUGCUAAAUUGUUGUUCUCUACGUUUACACAAACUUACUGGGUGACAUCAAGAAAUGGCAGGGAAUCAGAAUGCGUUUACAUGCAUUGCAUUAAUGUAGUUGCUGGUGAACCUGCAUGUAAAUGCAGGUAGUCAAUUUUCUCCCCUACCUCCUACUGUGACAUUAAUACUGAAUGGCAUACUCUAAGUGUAUUAGCAGUAUAUUUGAAGCAUUGCAACCUGAGUGUUUAAAAUUUUUUUGUUCCUGUUUUCUGAUCAGAGCAUUUUGCCUAAGUGAAGAAAUCGGUCUUUCAAGAGUCUGUAUGUUAGGAAAUCCACAAAUCUACUAAGGAGAUGACUUAGAUGGCCUUUUGGAUUUAACUACAAGGGUGCAUGAGUAUGAAAUACAGCAAUACUUUACCUAUUAAAUUUAGGUCUUGAACUUUUGCUCUUAUAAAAACCCUGUCAGAACCACAGUUAUAUGAAUACAUCAAGAAAACUGGUUUCUGUAGCAGAAAUUUCUAUCCCUUACACUGGGUAAGGAAAAUGUUUACAUGAUGUUUAUGACAUCAGGUUACUGCUAAAUGUUGACAAUAAUCAGAUUUCCUAAAUGCGUGUAAACACACAAUAUUGUAAUAUUGACAUUCGAAGGUAUUUUUUUCAGUUUUCAAGUUGUCCUUUGUACAACAGCGGCCGGUCUGCUAUUCUUCGGACUUCAGUCUACUAAAAGUAUAUUUUUCUUUAUUACCUCUGUCAAAACACCAGAGCAGUCAAUUGGGUGUUGUAUUUUGUGUUAAGUUAUACAGGACAUUUGUUUCUCAUCAUUCCAUUCUUGUUCUGUGUAUGUUUUUUUUUUUAUCAUGCUAGGAGCUGUAGCUUGCAACUUUUUUCACUUGUGUAAAACUGUACAACAGCCGUAAUCUGGCUUGCAAGGAGUGAAGGUGAAAGCCAAAUGACUGUACUCAAUGUACUAAUUGUACAUUUCAUGUUCAGAAUAAAUUCCUUCAAGCAGGAGGAAAAAGCAAAUAUAUGCUCUAAGAACAGCAUUGUGGUAUAGUAGCAGUCUAUGGCAAACAGGGACACAUGCUCAAAAACCUGAAGCCUCUGCUUGCUUUCAUAAGCACAUAAAUCCUUGCAAUUUCAGCCUGCAGUACCAAAACCUGAUUUUUUUUGUUUGUUUUAUUUAGAUUUUUUCAGUUCUUUUGUGGUAAUACCCUCAUAGAAUGUGUGGAAAACAUAACAAUUUGUAUGCAGAACACAGGAAAUGCACUUUUUUGGGGGGAAGUAAAGCUGUGCAUAUGUUGAACUAAUAUACAUUGUAGCAUUGUGCUCUGUCCGUUUUAUUGUGGUUGCACACAUGCCAUUGUGUCUGUGAAAACCAGAUUUUGUUUGUAGUAGUAGACAGCCUCCUUAAAUACAUGGCAUGAUUUCGGAAUGCUAAUUUUCUAAUCAGCCGUCCAGGUUAACAGUAAUGAUAUGAAGGUUUUUCAGCCAUCUCCAUUGCCCUAACAGAAGAGGAGUCAUCUUUAAGCCAUAUUUGUGCCCAGUUUUAUUUGUCUGCAGACUCCUUUGCCAUCUUUAAUUCCCUCCUGUUACUGGGCUACUCUGGCCUCUGAUAUGUAGCACUUCUUUAGUAUCACACAUGUCAACAAUCCUUUCUACUUUUAAUUGUAUUAAAGCUUUCUCACAUAAUCUCUGAAAUCAUGGUUUGAACUCCAUGAUAGAUAGUCUUUGAUGCCUUCAAGUGCUGAUUUAAGAUCAGAGUCUGCUCGGGAUACCUGCAAAAAUGACUGGUCGGUGCCACGAGGGCAGAUUUUCUCAGGGCUGAGUGUUAUGAGCUGUAAUUGGUGUCACCAAUGAGGAUAAUCAAUGAGAUUUUUAACAUGGUUUUUAUUGUGAUUCAUCUGUCUUAAGCCUGUACUAUUCUGGUGUUGGAAAAUGAUACAUUUCCUGUUUUUUCCCCAUAGUCUCUUGGAGAUGUUGCCUGCUUUGCUUCUUUUUCUUUUCUUUUAACUGGGUUAUGUGGCUUUUCUUCAAAGAAAACAGUUUAAUUGAAUGUUUAGACCACAGGUACAGGAAAUGGGUGAACUACACAGUCUCACAUUCUGUAUGUUCUCAUGGAUGCUGGUUUUAGGGCAUUUUCCCAGCUUAGCACAGGUCUCUUUCUGCAUUAUUAUGUCCAUGGGGAAAUCUGACCUUUUAGCUUCUUCUGAAACAUAAAGAUACAUGGGCUCCUAUUUUCUCUAUUAUAACUAAUGUGUGGCUGCUGUCUUAGAAAUAACAACCAUCCUUUUGUUCUUUUUGCAAAAUAAAGUUCAUUCAGAUGUUACUGGCUACAAGAAAUGUA